GCAGCAGAGUAAUGGCAAACCUCUGAGCAAGAUCCUUAACCCCUAAUUGCCACAGAAACUGUCUGACCCUGCAUUCUCAAAAAUGUAUGUUGCUUUAGGAAAAGAGGUGUUAAAUGAAAUGAAACUUCUGCUACAGUUUGGUUUGUGUUCUACCCAGGGGGUUCAUGCUGGCCAUAAAUUAGGGAAGGUUGAUAACUGCUUGGUACAGCCAUCUUCUACAUAUUCAGGAACACCCUACAUGUGAAGGUUCUUUUCUCUCGAUUUAAAUUAUACCAUGGUUAAACUUAAUGGCAAUUUAUUCCACAGACGAUAAAAGUAAUAUCUUAGCACAUAAGGACCACAGUUUUUUGACUUUAUCACUGCGAAUCAACAGCAAACCCCCCCCCCAGACUAGCACUUUUGGUCGAUCCCAGCUAAUUAGCUCACCAGGAAGUCAGCACUGCACACACCAGUAUGUCCAGUUUGUCACAAGACAGACGCCCCUUUGUUUUAAAAGUGUGUGUGUUGUUUUUAAGACAGUCAAACAGUUUUUUUUUAAAACAAAUCAGCAGGUAUCAGGUUCCAGGGAGGGUCCAUCUGGCAGUGUCAGUUACCUCCUGGCGAGGUCCCCUGCAGACUUGCAGGCCGCACCUCACGUAGAUCCCAUCUCCGCGGGCAGGAGGAGGCAGGUGAAUCCUAGCAGAAGGAAGCUUGCGGGCAGGAGCAGCAGGAGUGUCCGCUUGUGCUUAGGAAGUUUUUCUGCUUGAGACAAAUAAAAAUUCUCUUGCUGGUAUAAUCUUCCCCUUUAUGAAUCCUCAUUCAGUGUAAACGUGUGUUAAUUUUCAAUGUUAAUGGCUUGUUAAUUCAAUCUUCUUUUGCGGUAAAGUAACCUCAUCCUCCACCUAUGGGGCAAAUGGAGACCAAACCAGAAGGACAGCCUAUUUUAAAGAACGUAUUAAUUACGCCAGACAAGCAACGCAGGAGUGUCAUCCAGGCCUUCAGCGACAGUGUCCUCAGCGCCUCCGCUAGGGUUCGAGAGUACCUGGAGUUCUGUGACCCCAGCGGCAGAUUCCACCUGAGCCCUCGUGUCCUGGAGGAGAUCUUCCUGAUGAGCUGCAUCGGCCGCAGUGCACAGCUGAAGAUGUCAGACUCCUUCAGCUGCACCGCCAUGAGCAGAGAGCAGAAGGUCCUGCUGGGUGCUGACUGGGUGUGGACCUUCCCCGAGAGGCAUGGAGAAGCACUUGAGGCCCAGAUAAUCGUUCAAGUUCUGUACAUCCUGGAAAGCACUGUACCCCCCACAGAAGCCCCUGAGGAGUCCCUACACAUCGCCGAGAUGGCAUCAGGCCAGUUGAGCCGGCCAGAGAGGAUGGUGCAGUUCUGCUCCUCCAUCGGCCGGAAUUGCUACGCUCUGUUCCUCUUCUUCGGUUCCAGGAACGACCCGGGCAACAUCUCCGGGCUGCUCAGCAACAACCUGCAUGUGGCUCCUGGCAAGGGAGCCACGAUCGACCGGACCUUUCUGGAACACUUCUUCAAAGGGUCCAUGUCCUUCUCCACUCCAGGCGAGAUGCUGGAGAGGAUCACUCAGAAGCAGCAGAACGACCCCUUGACCAUGCUCAUCAGGUUCACAUAACGGUACAUGGAAAUGAACUGAAAUUUUAAAAAAUAAGUCACUGCACAGCUGUUUAAACCGCCACACUGCACAGUAACUGCUGUUGUAACUGCUGUUAGUCUUCAGGCGCCUUUUAUCCCUUAGAGACAGACGACGUCAGUCAAAGAACCUUUAACUAUCAGCUUCAGAUAUAUGAUGUGUGGAGCUGAAAUAUCGUUCUCAUUGAUCAUAGUGCAAAUGAAAAGUAACAGAAUAUAAAUACUGAGACAUAUAAAGCAUAAUAUAGACAACAAUUUAAGACAGAGAUUGAAAGGUGUGGUUAACAGCCUGCUGAUGAAGUGCAAAACUGUUACAGAGAUUUGGCAUUGAAGCAAAAUGUACAAUGAAUAAACAGAUUCAUACACAGA